AUGUUCCGCGCAGCAUCACGCACAAGCGCUCGCGUCGCAACUCUCUUCCAAGCACAACGGCAAAGGCUCACCCGCUCAAUACACAACACCACCCGACCUACCCCCCGACCACGCAUCAGCAAUGCCAAACCCCUCGUAACGCCAUAUACAAGCGGCGCCCGAAACCUCAGUACAGCAGAAAAGAUCCGACGCAAGUAUCGCGAAGCAUCAAAAGGAAUCUGGCGCAAGAACCCAAUCCUCCUACCACUAGCAAUAGCCUCCAUAGUCGGCGGAGCCAUCUCCUUCGCCUUCAUCUCCUACGUGGAAUUGACCCGCGUUGCACCGCAGUACCACAAGUUCCCGGCGCCGGUGGCUGAUGCGCUCCGCACAGCGGUGUACUACACCGAGAUUGACCUCAACCCGCCCAAGGCGCUGCAGGCUUAUAAGAAUGCGUUGAAGAUUGCCUCUGAGCUGGGUGUUCAUCCGUUCUCGGACGAGGUGCUUGGUAUUAAGAUUCAGGUUGCUAUGAUGCUUGAGAAGGCCGGGCUUGUCAAGCCUGCCAUUGAUGUUUUGGAGCGGACGAAGAGCGAGACUCUUGUUUGGAUUGAGAAGGGGCGGGCUAUGGAGGGUGUGCCCAGUGCUGGGGUUGGGGCUGGAGCUGGGCCCGUGAAGGAGGCUCCCCAGUCUGCAUCCACGCAGGCGAAGAUCGCCGCGGAGAAUGUCCAGAUCAAUACCGAUGUUAUGCAAGAGACAGAGGAGGAUUUGAAAGCGCGGGCUGAGAAUGAGGUUCUUCUGCAGGACAAGGCGCUCAAGAAGGUUAUUGGGAUACAGAUGAAGCUUGGCGAGCUCUAUUCCAGUGAUCAUAUCCAGGAAGAUAAAAAGGCAGAGGAGGCGCAGGUCGCUGCUGUGGAGCUCUGUUUGAAGGAGAUGCACCGUCGCCAGAGACUGGGUCUGCCCGUUGGCAGUUCGGGCAGUGGCAGUGAGGAGAAUGGCGAGGCGUGGCUGAAUCUGACGGAGAUUGCUACUGCUUUGGCCGAUCUGGCUAAUACCUAUAUUGCCAAGGAGCGAUUCGAGCUUGCCAUGCCACUGUACCUUCGGGCAUUGGAUCUGAUCCGCAAUGCAGAGGGCGACAGUCCUUCCUGCAAGCAGGUCGUGCUAUUGAACGAUGUCGCCACUGCUAUGGUUGGACAUGCCCAAUUGCCAGUCAAGUCCCAGCCACAGCAGCCCGUUGCGACUGACCAGACUGUCGAGGCUGCGCGGCAGUGGGCGCAAAAGGCCAUUGAUGUUGCGGCGCAUAUUCAGCCUCCUGUGCGAGACGAGGAGUGCGAUAUUACUUGUGUCGUUGCUACGUAUAACCUGGGUGAACUGGCUGAAUUACAGAAGAAGCCGCAGGUUGCCAAGCAGCGGUACACCGAGGCCAAGUCGUUGGCUGAUGGCAUUGGAUAUGAGGAGGGGAGUUUAAUGGCCAAGGAGGCUUUGAAGAGACUCGGCAAGAAAUAA